AAAUAAGAGUUUACCUAAAGGUUGUAAACACAAAAUCAUCAUAAAAUUUAAAAAAAAUUUUUUUUAUCUUAUUCUCAAAUCUCAAUUUAUUACACACAUGAGAUUUUUUUGUUUUAACCGUUUCGCCCUUUUUUUCCUUAUUCUCUUAGUAUUCAUUUAUUAUGAACAUUAGCUUCUGCUUCGAACUGUGAUGUAAUAAAUGGAUAUUUGAGUAAAAUCUCCAAAAACUGAGUAAAAUACAAAAUUAGAAAAAUGUAUACUUAUUCUACUUAACAGUGAAGAUUUAAUCAGCGGAAUGAUUUCUGUAGCUUAUUGGUUUGGUCUAACAGAAGACGACAAGUAGACAAAUGGAACAAACAAUACAUUUGCCUAGAUAAUUAUUUAUUGUGUUCCAAUAUCUACUAUUAAUUGAGGGCACUUCAUAGAGUAAAGUGUAUUUUUGACGCCAGUAUAUAAAGAAUACAGACUAAUAAUGUCAUGAAUUUUGUAUAAUAUAUUAUAAUUCUUAUGAUCAAUUGGAAUAUGGGUUUUACAAGUAUCUUAGGAAAGACAUUAGGAUUUGCUGGUUGUGCUUUACAAUAUGCCUGUUUUACGCACUGUACUUUUGAAUAUGUGGGUGAUUUUGUAAUGUGCUCAGGUCCUUCAAUGGAACCAACUUUGGAGACCAACAACAUAUUAUUUACUGAACAUAUAACACCUCGAAUGCAAAGGUUACGUCGUGGGGACAUAAUUAUAGCAAAGUGCCCCACAAAUCCAAAGCAAAAUAUAUGUAAACGAAUUACAGGACUCCCUGGUGACAAAGUUAAGGGCCACUUUAUGAGAAGUCAGUAUGUGCCCAGAGGUCAUGUAUGGCUGGAAGGAGACAAUUCUAGUAACUCUUCAGAUUCUAGAAUUUAUGGAGCUGUUCCUCAGGGCCUAAUACGCAGUCGAGUAGUAUGUAGAGUUUGGCCGUUAGAUAAAAUUAGUACUCUGACUCAAGUGUAGUGAGUUGUCCAGUUUGGUAGAUGAAUUGUGUAAAUAAAAGAGGAAGAUAAUAAAAAAUAUAUAUUAUUAAAAAA